UGUAAAAUCCAUGUAAAAUCCAUACAACUUUAAAUACUUUUAUAUAGUUUUUCGUCUCUUCUCUGUACUCCGCUUUGCCUCGUACGUAUGUGAAAUCGUCGACGGCUGCGAGUAAUUACAAUCGAUAAUCUUAUUUCGACUGUGCAGUUGCGUUAACGACGAUCAUUAAGUACGCGUAGAGAUCGUUUCUGCAGCUGUGAUCGUUAUGCUUUUAGGUUAGGACGUAAUAAUCAGAGAAUGUGUAUUGCAUUGGAAAAUCGUCGAGUGAAAGUGCUUAUUAUCGGAAAUUUUUUAUUGAGCAAAGGACCGACAACGUUAUUCUUGAGCGUCCUAAAACAGACAGCAUUCUAGAAAAUGUUUCGUAAAAAACUUCAGCGGAGGAAUUGGCGGUUUCUCCGUGGAUGAAUCUUCUCUAGCAUUCAUCGCUUCUCGGACAAAAGAAAAUGUCAUAAGUGAGAUCCGCAGGUUCCUAUACAUAUUGAAGACAUCCAUAUAUUUCUGAGUAUAAGAUAUCUCAGUAAAUAAAGAAAUACAGCUAUUAUGGCGGACGAGGAAGGUACAGAGUGGCUUCAGGAACUGUUACAUGAUGUGCAGCUCUCUCAGUUCUUUACACGAAUUCGAGACGAUUUACAGAUUACUCGUCUGCAUCAUUUUGAUUACGUCCAAGCAGAAGAUUUGGAGAAGAUUGGUCUAGGUAAACCUGGCGUCAGACGUCUGUUGGAUGCGGUAAAGAAGAGACGAAACGCUCAAUGGAAGAAGAGUUUAAUUACCAAAAUUAAACCUGGUGGCAGCAGUAAAAGCAACAAGCGAUCCUCGCAGCCGAUCGAAACUUCCUCGGUGCUGACAUGUCUCAUACAAGACAAAGAUGUGACACUGUCCGUUAAAUUAGGCGAUGGAAGCUUUGGUGUAGUGAGAAGAGGGGAAUGGACUUCUCCUUCAGGACGAACUUUGCCCGUCGCUGUGAAAGUCCUCAAAGCAGAUGCCCUCACACAGCCGAGUGUUAUAGAAGACUUUGUUUCGGAAGUUCAGGCAAUGCACACUUUGGAUCAUCAUAAUCUUAUUAGAUUGUAUGGUGUGGUGUUGUCGCAGCCGAUGAUGAUGGUGACUGAGCUCGCGCCUUUAGGCGCAUUACUUGAUUAUUUACGACAGCAAUGCGACAGAAUCUCGAUUCUCACGCUCUGUAAUUAUGCGUUACAAGUUGCUACGGGUAUGGCGUAUCUAGAAGCGAAGCGUUUUCUACAUCGCGACCUGGCAUGCAGAAACGUCCUGCUGAGUACCAUCGAUAAAAUCAAAAUCGGCGACUUCGGUUUGAUGAGAGCGCUUCCUCAACAAGAAGACUGCUAUGUCAUGACGGAACAUAAAAAAGUACCUUUUCCUUGGUGUGCCCCCGAGUCGCUCAAGGCUCGACAUUUUAGUCACGCGUCAGACGUCUGGAUGUUUGGUGUGACACUGUGGGAGAUGUUAACGUUUGGCGAGGAACCCUGGCUGGGGUUAAACGGUUCCGAAAUUUUGCGUAAAAUCGAUCGCGAAGGCGAGCGGCUUCACGAGCCAGAAGCAAUGCCUCCAUAUAUAUAUGAGCUGAUGCUUCGUUGCUGGGCGAGAGAACCUUCAGAGAGACCGACAUUUGCUUCGUUGAAAGAGUCCUUGACUAGUAUGGUGCCAUCUGUAAUGAAGGCUCUAACCUCCUUCGAGGAGGCCGGCAAAAUGUCCAUCGAGACGGGAGACCAAAUUGCAAUCAUCGACGGGCGCCCGGAAAAUUACUGGUGGAAAGGUCAGAAUCAGCGAACUUUUCAAAUAGCGCAUUUUCCGCGUUGUCUGGUUGAUCCAAUGCGCCGAAAGCAGCCAGAAGACAUUAGCAAGCCAUUGGAGAAUUCUUUCAUUCAUACAGGACAUGGAGCGCCCUUUGGCAAGAGCUGGGGCAGUCCCGUUUACAUCGACGAUGUAUAUUUAAGAAAUCCAAUGGAUCCUCCGGAUGUAUUGGUAGCUGCCUCGGCUGACAAUCAGAUAAAAAAGAAAUUCUCUUGUGGUACUCCACGUACCAGAAAACAAUUCAAUUACACGAAAUUGCACAACGAUGCUAGGUCGAGCCCUAUCAAGGUCUCGCAAGUGUCAUCGACCUCAGACAUUAGCCAAGAAGAUACUCUGAUCGAUUUGUCCGCCGAGGAAUCGGCAAACACAAGCAUCUACGAUCAAAAGGUCUCAUGUAAACGAGUAAUUAACAUUCUGGAUGAACCUAUCGAUGUCGAGAGGUUUUCCUGGCAGGAUGAGGAAGGCAGAACAUAUGCUAAUUUUCCUGGUAACGUGGCUCCUGCGUAUUCUGAUCCUUUUGAUACUUCUGCGGUAUUCAUGAAGCCACCACAUUCGCGAUAUUAUAGUCAUGUGCCUGCUGAAGUUGCUAAUUGUUAUCUGAAGACACAGACGUAUGGAAACGUGAGCGAUCAAGAGGGAGGAGAUAAUGUUCAAGAUACCGUGAAUUGUUUUGUCCUUAAUUCUGCUGAUACAGAGGAGACUCGGCAUUACUCGAUGAAUUUAAACAAGGGGUGUCAGCAGGACCCAUUAAAUUUGAAUGUGAACGUGAAAGAUAACGACUUUGCAAAUCACUAUAGCGAAAUAGAUAAGGUCAGCCCAUGUGGAUCGAAUUGGUCUACCUGGCCGGAGGAUCUGCGAAAUACUUCCACCUCGCAGACGUAUGUUAAUGUUUCUAACAGUAGACCCACAUCGUCGUUCGCUAUUCCAACUCCACCGUCUCCUCCUCUUCCUCCUUCCCUUGGCCCGAACGUGAGUCCGCCGAAGCCUAAGUCCAAUUGCGAGCUUGCGCAGAGCAUGAAUGAGCUGUCUUUGAAUGUUAAUUCCGAUCAUCAAGAAGUUGCCGCUGUUGUCAAGAAACUGGAUCCGCUUUUUUUGGCCGAGUUGGAGAAGCAUUUGGGCGAGAAGGAAGCAACGAAGAACAUGAACGCUAGCAACGAUAAACGCCAACAGCCGGGAAUUGUUUCCGGGAAUUAUUUGAACUGCUCAUCGUUAGAGAAGCUGCAACAGAAUACGUCUACUCAGCAGCAAAUUUCAACGAUGGAAGAUGCUGCUAGGCCUUUGUCAAUCAUUCCGGCAUUGAAGCCACCACCACAGGGAAAACCGAGAUCGCCAGUUGCGACAAUGGAUCGAGCAAACGCUUCAUCGACGCCACCUAGCAAAGUGCAGAACUCCUGGCAGCUGAAGAGCAUAAAUGUUCAAAGACCGCGACUCCAUAAUGACCAAUCUGUGUCAGAAUUGGCCACUGAGGCUAUAGUGAACCAAAUUUGGCAGCAAACACAAACUCUAUCCCAACAGCCAAAUGUUUGUCUGGUCAGUUCGGCUGCUAACCAGAUGUUAAUGUCCGAUUCGGUGUCCCAAGCGAGCGUUAAUAAUCAGGUUCAAGAAAUCACUGGCAAUGCUUCCGGUAGUGAUAUAAACGAUCAAAAUCAGUAUGGUUCUUGCAAUGUUACCAAGGCUACUUUUAUACAGACACAAGAUUGUGUGUCAAAUCAGAAUUAUCCUCAAAACAUGUUGCACGUCAAUCAGGAUAAUAUCAAUCUGCUUGAAGGACCCUCCGAUAAUAUUACCGACAACAUGAACGAGACUCAACACGGACCUUGCAAUGUCGCCAAGACCGCGUUUAACCAAAUACAAGUCUGUUCGUCAAACAACCAAAGUUAUCUUCAAAAUUCAUUGGGCGUUGACCAAGAUGUUGUCAAUUUGCGACAGACUGUCAUUAGUAGCAUCUCCAAUGCCAGGAAUUAUCCUCAGUGCGAUGCAGCCAAUGUUUCUAAAGUGAAUCAAACCCAGGCUUACUCGUUAACUGAUGGGAGUCAGAAUUAUCUUCAUAAUAUCGGUUUUAAUCUACUUCAAACGACUGCCAAUCAUGUUUCCGACAAGAGCGUGAGCGAAUUCUCCCAGCACGGACAUUGCAAUAUUUCCAAGGCUGCUUCCAAUCAGACGCAGAUCUAUUCGUCAUCAAGUCAAAAUUACUUAUCGAGCGUGGUGCCAAUUUCUCAUCUGGGUGAUCUUGCGUUGCCCCAAACCUGUCUUCAAAACGUGCCAAUAUUGUCCAGCUCAAGUAACACUCACGGAAUCACUCAUAUACAGAACGAUUUGCAGCAAUCCCAACAUUUAAAGCCCGCUACAUUUUUAUCUGAACAAGUAUAUGCUGAAUUAAAACAAACGGUAUGUAAUAUUUUAAAUAAAAAUUUUACAGAGUUUUACAGAAGAGAAAUAUAAUAUUUGCUACAAGUUUUUUGUUAUUAACAAGAAGGACGCCGCAUGAUUCAUAUGAAAAAAAGUUUUCGAUCAAUUUGCUUAAAUUUUUAAUAUUGUAAUUUUUGUGUUUCUUAUAUGAAAAGUUUGCAAUUUUAUCAACUUUCUAUGAUUAGUUUCUGAAUUAUUGGAAUUUGAAAGUCUCCUUCACAAAAAUGGUUCGUAUAUUUGCACUUAUGUGUGC